AGCAAACUAAACUUGGGAGUUUUUGUGGAAUCGUUUGCAUUUGGAAUUUCAAGUGGACAUUAGAGGAACGGCAGCUUCUGGCACUUAAUGUGUCUGGUUGGUUUGAUCUUCAUCUUACAGUGUGCAGCUCCCUGGGGCUACUGUUGAAUUGUCACAAAAUAAAUAAACUGAACCAGAACUUCACUCACGCAUAUGUUUGGCAUGUGCUAUGAAGAUGGAUGCUGAGUGGUGAGAGUUGCUUCUAGAGUGACUUUGGUGUCAUGGUCUUGGUGAGUACGGGGUUUGUCAGUCAGCCUUCACACCUGACGGCAAUCAAGUCACCAGCAUUUAAGACCAGCACUCACAACAGACCUCUGCCAGACCUACUGGUAACUCACAUUAGUUCUAGGCCGCCAAGCUCUUGUGAGAUCCCUUAACAACUGCAUGUCUACUCACCGUGUUUUAUCUUUGUCAUAGUACCCACAUGGCCAUCCAAGUUCACAAGCUGAACUACACACAUCUCUGUCUGGACGCUGAUUCUCUGUUAUCAUGUUGCUCCUCCUUCAUUGUGACACUUCACCUUCCUGCCUCCCUGCCAGGUCCGUUGCUCCAAGUACAUUCUGGACCCUCUCUGGACCCUCCUCGCAUGACGCUUUCACCUGUAAUGCACCAGAAAAUCAUCACAGCUGAGUCUGGACAGGCUGUCACUCUACCAUGUCGAGCUCCAAACAACAACAUCUUAGUUGUAGAGUGGAGCAGAACUGACCUGAAGUCAGAUUAUGUCUUUUUGUACCGCGAUGAGCAGUCUGAUCCAGAAGACCAGCAUCCAUCUUUUAAGAACCGGGUGGAUCUGCAGGACAGACAGAUGAAGGAUGGAGACGUGUCUCUGAUUCUGAACAAUGUGACGAUUAAUGAUGUUGGAACAUACAAGUGUCGUAUCAUCAUGAGAGAAACACACUCAUGGAAAUCCAUCAGCAUCAUCUACCUGAGAGUUGAUCCUCCAGGUCAGACUGGAGGACACACAGAGGAUGGAGGGAAGGAGGCAGGAGGGAAGGAGGAUGACUUUAGCCAAUUUAUAUUUUGCUUGAUAGUUUUGCUUGUAUAUGUUGGGAUUGUUGUUUAUGUGAUCUCCAUGAUACAUAAACAAAAACAGAAACAGGAUCCCUGUUAAUCUUAUGCUGAACAGCAUCAUGCAGAAAAGCCAGGAUGUGUUUUUCAAGCAGUACUCUCCUGCAGCUUGUCCUCACUCUCAGUGUUCAAGCUGAGCCUUCAGGGAAAGACAGAUGACAGAAAUGGACAGGCUCGGGAA